AUGGCUUCUCGCGACUACUACAACAAGAGUACGACCAACAACAACCAUCCCGGCUACAACAGCUACACAACCCAUCCUUCUCCAUUCGACGACAACCAAUACCCCGAGUACUCGUCCUCAUACACCAGUCUGAGCAACCACCCCACCCCUAGCGAUGCCCGUGAUCGUGAUCCCUUCCAGGACGACAACGCCGUCCCCAUGCACACAUACCGCCCAAAACAUUCUUCGCAAUCCAGUCUGGCUCCCGUCAUUGCUCCCGUCGUCACCCCUGAAUACAAAGACCCCUUUGUAAGAGAUGCAAAGCCGUCCUCGCGUUCAAGACAGCCUCGUGCUCCCCCUGUCAAGGGAUGGCGUCGCUACUUCACAGGUCGCGUUACCUGGGUCUGCUACUUUUUGACUCUGGUUCAGAUCAUCGUCUUCAUCGUUGAGAUUGUCAAGAAUGCCGUCCUGACAAAGUCUCCUAUCGAAAUUCACCCACAAUUCAAUCCCAUGAUCGGUCCCUCGCCUUACGUUCUGAUCAACAUGGGCGCUCGCUACCAGCCCUGCAUGCACAACAUGCACAACGUCCAGGACCGCGCCUCGGGCAACAUCUCCUGGCCUUGUCCCUGGGCCACUUCCAACACUGGUGAUGAUGCAAAGUGUACCCUUUCUCAGCUAUGCGGCUUUGGUGGUGUCCCUGAGCCACAUGCUGGAGGCUCCAUCACCGACUCUCCUUACCCAAACCAAUGGUAUCGUUUCAUCAUCCCCAUCUUCCUGCAUGCCGGAAUCAUCCACAUCGGCUUCAAUAUGCUGCUACAGAUGACUCUGGGUCGUGACAUGGAACGUUCCAUUGGCAGCAUCCGUUUUACUCUUGUCUACUUCAGCGCCGGUAUCUUUGGAUUUGUUCUUGGUGGGAACUUCGCCGCUACUGGCAUUGCUUCUACUGGCUGCUCUGGCAGUCUCUUCGGUAUCAUGGCUCUGACUCUCCUUGAGUUACUGUACACCUGGCGCGAGCGUCAGAGUCCCAUCAAGGAUCUUUUGUUUAUCCUUGUCGAUGUCAUCAUCUCUUUCGUCCUCGGUCUCUUGCCUGGUCUGGACAACUUCUCGCACAUUGGCGGCUUCCUCAUGGGUCUUGUUCUCGGAAUCUGUCUCUUACGCUCGCCCAAUGCUCUGCGACGACGCACUGGCGAAGACGAACCUCCCUACAGCAGCGUUGGAGCUCCCGCCGCUACUCAGGAUGCCGCCAGCCAGGGCUUGCGCGUGUUCAUCAAGCAACCUGCAGGCUUCUUCAAGGGUCGUCGUGCUAUGUGGUGGGUAUGGUGGAUCGUGCGUGCUCUGGCCCUGUUGGGUGUUCUAAUCGGUUUCAUUGUCCUUCUUAAAAACUUCUACGUCUGGCGCACUGGCUGCACCUGGUGCAAGUACUUGAGUUGUAUCGAUGUCAACAACUGGUGUGACGUUGGUAACUUGCAGUUCUCCAAUACCACGACCAAGCGCGAUUUGCUUGCCUUGGGUAACAGCAUCUUCUUGGAACCUAUGACGUCCGCUUGA